UCGGGGCCCGGCUGGCCGGCCAUGGCAGGGACCAAGGUCCGGGCGACCCCGACCCCGGACCAUCAGCUGACCGUGGGAAGGCCCGGGGUCCCGACGGUUCCCCAGAGGCCGCCGCUGCCCCUGAUGCUGUUUCUGCUGCUGCUGCCGCUCCCGGGGCCCGGUGGCCUGGCGGAGGCGGGGGUGACCCCUGGCCGGCUGGACCUGCAGAUCGACGAGGAGCAGCCGGCCGGGACGCUGAUCGGAGACAUCAGCGCCGGACUCCCUCCGGGCACCACGGCCCACAUGUACUUCAUCUCGGCCCAGGAGGGCAGCGGGGUGAGCUCGGACCUGGCCAUCGACGAGCACAGCGGGGCGGUCCGCACCGCCCGCGUCCUGGACCGGGAGCGGCGCGACCGCUACGGCUUCAUCGCCGUGACCCCCGAGGGGGUGACGGUGGAGGUCAGCGUGCGGGUCAACGACAUCAACGACCACGCGCCGGCCUUCCCCCGGGCCCGCGCCACACUGGAGGUGCCCGAGCAUUCGCCCCCGGGCCGCCGGUUCCCGCUGGAGCCGGCCCGCGACCCCGACGGCGGCCGGCUGGGCACGCAGGGCUACGGGCUGACCGGGGAGGGCGCGGGCGACGCCUUCCGGCUGGACACCCGGCACGGCCCCGAUGGGCAGCUCUGCCCCGAGCUGGUAGUCAGCGGUGUGCUGGACCGUGAGAACCGCUCCCGCUACACGCUGGUCCUGGAGGCCUUCGACGGUGGUGCCCCGCCACGCCGGGCGCAGGCCGUGCUGGACGUGACCCUGCUGGACAUCAACGACCACGCGCCGGCCUUCAACCAGAGCCGCUACCAGACGGUGGUGUCCGAGAGCCUGGCCCCGGGCAGCCCGGUGCUGCAGGUCUUCGCCACCGACGCGGACGAGGGCGAGAACGGGGCCGUGCUGUACGAGAUCAACAGGCGCCAGAGCGAUGCGGAAGGUUUCUUCGCCAUUGACCCGCGGACGGGCCUGAUCCGGCUGCAGCGCGGGCUGGACUUUGAGCAGCGCCGGGUGCACGAGUUGGUGGUGCAGGCCCGCGACGGCGGCGUCCACCCCGAGGUCAGCACGGCCUUCGUCUCCGUCCACGUGCGCGACUCCAACGACAACCAGCCCACCAUGACCAUUAUCUUCCUGAGCGAGGACGGCUCGCCCCGGGUGUCCGAGGGGGCCCAGCCGGGCCAGUACGUGGCCCGCAUCUCCGUGUCCGACCCCGACUACGGCGAGUACGCCCACGUCAACGUCUCCCUGGAGGGCGGCGAGGGCCAGUUCGCCCUGACCACCAAGGACAGCGUCAUCUACCUCAUCUGCGUGGCCCGCCGGCUGGACCGCGAGGAGAGGGACUCCUACGCCCUCCGGGUCACGGCCACAGACGCCGGGUCGCCGCCGCUCAGGGCCGAGUCAGCCUUCGUCCUGCGGGUCACCGAUGUCAACGACAACCCGCCGGCCUUCGACCGGCCGCUCUACCAGCCCGAUCCGCUGCCUGAGGUCGUCUACCCGGGCAGCUUUGUCCUGCAGGUCACCGCCCGGGACCGCGACCAGGGCCCCAAUGGCGAGGUCACCUACAGCCUGCUGCCCUCGCCGGACACCCACGCCCACUGGUUCUCCAUCGACCCGGCCAGCGGCAUCAUCACCACCGCCACCCCUCUGGACUACGAGCUGGACCCAGAGCCCCAGCUGACGGUGCUGGCCACGGACGGCGGCCGCCCGGCCCUCUCUUCCACGGCCGUGGUCAGAGUGGCCCUGCAGGACGUCAAUGACAACGAGCCCGUCUUCCAGAGGAAUUUCUACAACGCCUCGCUGCCCGAGAGCACCCCCAGGGGGACCUGCUUCCUCCAGGUCACAGCCACGGACGCGGACAGCGGCCCUUUCGGCUCUCUUUCGUACUCCCUGGGCGCCGGCAUCGGCUCCACCGUCCCCCUCCAGUUCCACAUCGACCCCCAGAGUGGGGAGAUCUGCACCGCCCAGAGCCUCGACCGCGAUGGCGGGGCGCCCAGCUUCGACUUCACCGUCAACGCCGUCGAUGGGGGCGGGCUGAACUCCAUGGUGUACGUGAAGGUCUUCGUGACCGACGAGAACGACAACCGUCCCGCCUUCUACCCACGAGAGUAUGCAGCCAGCCUGAGCGCCCAGAGCCGGCCGGGCACGCCCGUGCUGCGGGUCAGCGCCCACGAUCCCGACGAGGGCCCCCACGGCCGGGUCACCUACCGCAUCAUCGCCGGCAACUCCCCUCCGCUCUUCUCUCUGGACCGGGACACCGGCCUCCUCUCGGUCUCCUGGCCCCUAAGCAGCCAGGCGGGCUCCCUGCUACAACUGGAGAUCGCAGCGCAGGACGGAGGGGGCCUCCGGGCCGAGCCCAACGCCCGGGUCAACAUCAGCGUGGUCCCCGGGACUGCGUCCCCGCCCAUCUUCGAGCAGGCGCAGUACUUCUUCACCGUGCCCGAGGACGUGCCCCUGGGCACCAGCGUCGGCCUCAUCCGGGCACACAACCCCCCAGGCCGGUCUGACCCCAUCUCCCUGUCCAUUUCGUCGGGGGACCCGGACGGCUGCUUCUCCCUGGACGGCACCACGGGGCUCCUGCGGACCGGACGGGCCCUGGACCGAGAGGCGGGACCCGUGCUGGAGCUGGAGGUGCGGGCGGGCAGCGGGUCGCCCCCCGUCUUCGCCCGGGCUCGGGUGCGCGUGGCCCUGAGCGACGUCAACGACAACGCGCCGGCCUUCCCUUCGCCCACGGACGCCGUGCUGCUGCCGGCCGGCACGGCCCCCGGGACCCCCGUCUACACCCUGCGGGCCACCGACCCCGACGCCGGCGCCCACGGCCGGGUCACCUUCGCCCUGCUGGCCGGCGGCUCCGGGCAUUUCGCCGUCGAGCCGGCCACGGGCCUGGUGCGCUUGCUGGAGCCGCUGGACGCCGCCGGGAGCCCGGGCUUCGAGCUGGUCCUGGAGGCCCGGGAUGGGGGCACCCCGCCGCUCAGCUCCCGCUUCCUGCUCAGGGUCGGGGUGCGGGACGCCGGGGAUGCCCAGGCCCCGCAGUUUGACACCCCCACCUACCGGGUGGAGCUCCCGGAGGGCACGGGCCCGGGCACCCGCUUCCUGCAGGUGCGUGCCCGGGGUCCCGAGGGCUCCGGCCCCGGCCUGGCCUACCACCUGCAGGCCGACGGGGCGGCGGCCGGCUUCGGCCUGGACCCGGACAGCGGCUGGCUCUGGGUUCGCGGGGCGCUGGACCGCGAGGCCCGUGACCUUUACACCCUGACCGUGCUGGCCGUGGCCCCGGGCCCGGGGGCCGGCGGCGCCCAGACCCGCCUCACCGGCACGGCCACUGUGUGGGUCGGCGUCACCGACCAGAACGACCACUCCCCGCGGCUCGGCCAGGAGCCCGCCUUCCUGACCGUGCCCGAAAACCGGCCCCCGGGCACGAUUGUGGGCAAGGUGACUGCCGUCGACCGGGACGCGGGGCCCAACGGCCGCCUCGCCUACCGCCUGCUGCAGCCCGACGACAACUUCCUCAUCCACCCCCAGACAGGGGAAGUGACCACCCGGCGGAGUCUGGACCGGGAGGGGCACAGCAGCCACCAGCUGGUGGUCCGGGUGCAGGACGGGGGCGCGCCGCCCCGCAGCACCACCGGGACCGUCCACAUCACCGUGCUGGACGACAAUGACAACGCCCCCAGCUUCCUGCACGCCCCCGGCUUUCCCCUUCAGGUGGCGGAGGGCGUCCCCGCAGGGACCCUGGUGACGUCCCUACAGGCGAGAGAUCCCGACGAGGGAGAAAACGGGACCAUCCUGUAUGGACUGACUGGUCCGAGCUCGGCGCUCUUCUCCCUGCACCCACACUCCGGCGAGCUGCGCACCGCGGGGCUGCUGAGCCGCGCCGACCGCGAGCACCACGUCCUCACGGUGACCGCCCGGGACCAAGGUAGCCCUCCCCUCAGCACCGUCCUGCACCUUCACCUACAGGUGGUUCCUCGAUCCCGCCCCCAGCCGCCCCCUCCGGACACGAUGCCCGCGGAGCUGACCCUGACGGCGGCCGAGGGGCUGCGGCCGGGCUCGCUGCUGGGCUCGGUGGCCCUGCCCGGGGUCCCGCCCGGGGCCCUGACCUACACGCUGGCCGGCGGGGGCGACCCGGAGGGCACCUUCGCGCUGGACGCGGCCACGGGGCAGCUGUUCCUGGCGCGGGCGCUGGACUUCGAGGCGGGUCCGGCCCGGCUGGCGCUGACCGUGCGGGCCGACGAGGCGGGAGCCGGGGUCGGACCCGUCCUCCCCCAGGGGCCACGGCUGAUGCGGGUGGAGGUGUGGGUGGAGGACGAGAACGAGCACGCGCCCGCCUUCGGCCGUGACCCGCUGACCCUGGCCCUGACCGAGAACCCGGCCCCGGGCGCCACGCUGUACACCUUCCAGGCCACCGACGCCGACGGGCCCGGCCCCAACAGCGACGUCCGUUACCGCCUCCUGCGCCAGGAGCCCGCCACCCCGGCCCUGCGGCUGGACCCACGCACCGGGGCCCUGAGCGCCCCGCACGGCCUGGACCGCGAGGCCACGCCAGCCCUGCUGCUCCUGGUCGAGGCCCACGACCGGCCGCUCAACGCCAGCCUGCGCCUGGCCUCCCGCGUGUCCGCCCGGGUCUUCGUGGUGGACCAGAACGACAACGCCCCGGCCUUCGCCUCCCCGGCCCAGGCCCUCCUGCCCGAGGACCAGCCCCCCGGACCCGUCGCCCUCCACGUGGUCGCCCACGACCCGGACCUGGGCGAGGCCGCCCGCCUCUCCUACCGCUUGGCCGGGGGUGACAGUCACGGACACUUCCACCUGCACCCCGACACGGGAGCACUGUCCGUCGUGAGGCCCCUGGAUCGGGAGCAGAAAGCAGAGCACGCCCUGACCGUGGUGGCCUCGGACCACGGCUCUCCGGCCCGCUCGGCCACCCAGCUGCUGACCGUCAGCGUGUCGGACGUCAACGACGAAGCCCCUGCCUUCCAGCAGCCAUCGUACCAGGCCAGCGUGGCUGAGAACCGGCCAGCGGGCACCACCGUGCUCACCCUGCUGGCCAAUGACCCCGACCUGGGCGAUAACGGCCACGUGAUCUACGGCGGCGUCUCCAGUGACAGCUUUUCCUUGGACCCGGACACCGGGGUCCUUACCACCACCGGACCCCUGGACCGGGAAGAGCAGGAAGAAUUCAGCCUGACAGUGUAUGCCCGAGACGGAGGCAACCCCCCUCUGCUGAGCCACGUGGCCGUGCGGGUGACCGUGACCGACGAGAACGACCACAGCCCGGUCUUCGGGACGGACCUCCUCACCCUGGACGUCCCCGAGGGCCAGAGCCCCCUCACCCUCACCACGCUGCGGGCUGCUGACCCCGACGCUGGACCCAACGGGCAGCUGCACUACAGCAUCCUGGAGGGAGACCCGUCGGGGGACCUGGUGCUGGACGCGGGAUCGGGGGAGCUGGGGACGGCGCGGGAGCUGGACCGCGAGGCCACGGCGUCGUACGAGCUGCGGGUGGAGGCCCGGGACGGCGGGCGGCCCCCGCGGCGCGCCGAGCUCCGGGUGGCCGUCAGGGUGCUGGACGUCAACGACCACGCCCCGGCCUUCCCCGUGGCCGCCUACGCCGUGGAGGCGGCCGAGGACCUGCCGGUGGGCGGCCUGCUGCUGACCGUCCGGGCCGUCGACCCCGACGCCGGGGCCAACGGCCGGGUGGCCUACUACCUGGACGGCCGGGCGGCGGGCUCCUUCCAGCUGGAGCCGGCCAGCGGGGAGCUGCGCACCGCCCGGCCGCUGGACCGCGAGCGUCGAGCGGCCUUCGCCCUCCGGGUCACCGCGGUGGACGGGGCGGCCGGGCGGCCCCGCAGCUCCACCGUGUCGGUCGCCGUCACCGUGCUGGACGUCAACGACCACGCGCCCUUCUUCCCGGCCAGUCCCCUGCGGCUGCGGCCGGGCCCCCGGCCGGCCUCCGGCCCCCGCCCGCUGGCCACGCUGACCGCCGAGGACCGCGACGCCGGGGCCAACGCGUCCAUCCUCUACCGGCUGGCCCGCCCGCCCGCCGGAGCCGCCGUGGACCCCUACACCGGCGAGAUCCGCCUGGCGCGGCCCCUCGCCUCGCUCGCCCCCCGGGAGCGCGUCCUCUUCGUGGUGGCCACCGACCUGGGCCGCCCGGCCCUCUCGGCCACCGGCGUCGUCGUCGUCCAGCUGCCCGACGAGCCCGACGGCGGGCCCCGCUUCCCCCGGCCCGGCGGCGAGGCCUCCCUGCCCGAGAACGCCGCCCCAGGGACUCCGGUGCCGUCCCCCAAGGCCGUCCAUUCUGGGGGCUCUUCGGGGCCCAUCACCUACAGCAUCCUGAGUGGCAACGAGAAGGAAAUCUUUGCCAUCCAGCCCAGUACAGGGGCGAUCUCUGUGCGAGCGGCCAAGGAGCUGGAUUUUGAAGCGACGCCACGACUGCGGCUGGUGAUCCAAGCGGAGAGCGGGGGAGCGUUCGCCUUCACGGUGCUGACCCUGAGCCUGCAGGACACCAACGACAACGCCCCCCGCUUUCUGAGUCCCCACUACGUGGCCUUCCUCCCGGAGUCCCGGGCCUUCGACGGCCCCCUCCUCCAGGUGGAAGCCGAAGACGCGGACCAGGGCCCAGGGGGGCAGGUGACCUACAGCCUGGCCCCCUCGCAGCCCACGGGCGAGCUGUUUCGGGUGGACCCCAACACCGGCGCCAUCACUACCAAAGCCAUCCUGGACCGCGAGGUCUGGGCAGAGACCCGCCUGGUGGUGAUGGCCACGGACCGGGGUUCUCCGCCACUCGUGGGCUCGGCUACGCUGACCGUGCUGGUGCUGGACAUCAACGACAACCGGCCAACGAUCCCCCGGCCUUGGGAACUGCGGGUGCCCGAGGAUGCCCUGUUGGGGGCGGAGAUCGCCCGGGUGACCGGGAACGACGUGGACUCGGGGCCGACGCUGUCCUACACGUUGAGCCCCAGUGGGGAGGCGGGACCCUUCUCCGUAGGCCUCUUCGGGGGCCGCAUCUUCCUCACCGGGGCCCUGGACCACGAGCACCUCGACUGCUAUCACCUGCACCUGCUCGCCAGUGACGGGCAGCACGAGGGCAUCGCCAACCUGACCGUCUGGGUGGAGGACGUGAACGACAACAUGCCCGUCUUCGGCCACGGCCUCUACCAGGUGACCCUCCCAGAACACACCCCGCCGGGCAGUGCCAUCCUCACCGUCACCGCCACGGACCACGACUCGGGGGACAACGGCCGCAUCACGUACCACCUGGCAUCUGCUCCUGGGGGCUUCAGCGUGGACCCCAGCAACGGAACGAUCUACACGACGGGCCCGACGGCGGGGGCGGCGGCGGCGGCGGCGGCGGCGGCGGGGGCCGGGGCCGGGGCCGGGGCCGGGGCCGGGGCGGGCCCGGUGGACGUGGUGCUGGAGGCGCGGGACCGGGGGUCCCCGGCGCGGAAGGCCCGGGCCACGGUGCUGGUGCAGGUGCAGGACGAGAACGACCACGCCCCGCGCUUCGCCCAGCCCCACUACCAGGUGUCGGUGGCCGAGGACCUGCCCGCGGGGGCCACCCUCCUGUCCCUGGAGGCGACGGACGCCGACCCCACGCGGCCCAACGCCGCCCUGGACUACACCAUCGUCAGCGGCAACCGGGGCCAGGCCUUCGGGCUGGAGCGCCGGCUGUCCGGCGGGGCCGGGGCCGGGGCCCUGGGCUGCCUGGUCCUCCUGGAGCCGCUGGACUUCGAGGCGGUGGCCCGCUACAACCUGACGGUGUCCGCCUCCGACCGGGGCCGGCCGCAGCGCCGCGCCGCCGUGGGCGUCACGGUGACCGUGCUGGACGUGGACGACAACCCGCCGGUCUUCUCCCGCGCCCACUACCGCGCCGUGGUGCCCGAGGACACGCCCGCCGGGGCCGAGCUGCUGCGGGUGGCGGCCUCCGACCCCGACGCCGGCCCCCACGGGGCGGUGCGCUUCGGCCUCAGCUCCGGGGACCCGGCCGGCCUCUUCCAGCUGGACGAGGUGACCGGCGCCCUGCGGCUGGCCCGGCCGCUGGACCGCGAGCGGACGGCGCGCCACAGCCUGGUGGUGCGGGCGGCCGACCCGCCGGGGGCCCACUUCGCCCUGGCGCCGGUGACCGUGGAGGUGCGGGACGUCAACGACCACCGGCCGGCCUUCCCGCUGCCCGUGCUGACGGCCAGCCUGGCGGAGAACCGGCCGGCCGGCACGCUGGUGGCCCGGCUGCGGGCCCUGGACGGCGACGCCGGGCCCUUCGGACGGCUGCGCUACACGCUGCUGCCGCCGCCCCCCGAGCCGGGCCCGGGGCCGGGGCCGGGGCCGGGGCCGGGGCCGGGGCCGGGGCCCGGGCCCGGCCCGGCGGGAGGAGGCCUCGGCGGGCCCGGGGGUCACGACCUCUUCGCCCUCAACAGCUCCACCGGGGAGCUGCGGGCCCGCGGGCCCCUGGACUUCGAGCGGGUCCGCGGCCUGCGCCUGCUGGUGGGGGCCACCGACGCGGGCAACCUGUCGGCCUCGGCCACCGUGUCGGUGCUGGUGACCGGCGAGGACGAGUACGACCCCGUGUUCCUGGCCCCGGCCUUCCACUUCGCCGUGCCCGAGGGGGCCCGCCGGGGCCACGGCCUGGGCCACGUGCUGGCCACGGACGAGGACGCGGGCGCCGACGGCCUGGUCCUCUACGCGCUGGCCGCCCCCUCGCCCUACUUCCUCCUCAACGGGACGACGGGGGCCCUGACCCUGCGGGUGGACAGCCGCCGGCCGGGGGGCGGGGGCCGGGCCCGGCCGGAGGGCCCGCGCCGGCUGCACCUGGAGGUGGUGGCCCGCGGCCCCCUGCCCGGCGCCCGCAGCGCCUCGGUGCCCGUCACCGUCGACGUGACCCACACGGGCCUGGGCCUGGCGCCCGACCUCGACCUGCUGCUGGUCGGGGCGGUGGCCGCCUCGCUGGGCGUGGUGGCCGUGCUGGCCCUGGCCGCCCUGCUGCUGGGCCUGGUGCGGGCCCGGAGGCGCGGGCGGAAGGCCCGGCGGGAGGCCGGGCCCCCGACGGCCCCCGACGGGGAGGCGGCCCCGGCCCGGCCGGCCGGCGGCUCCCCGCGCAAGCCGGGGCUCCCCCCGGUGCCCGCGCCGCCCUCGGCGCCCGGGGACCGCCUCUACCACCAGACCCUGCCCGGCUACGGGGGCGGCGGGCCGGCCGUCGGGGGGCCGGCCGGCGGGGCGGCCGGGGGGCCGGCCGGGCCCUACCCGCGGGGGGGGUCGCUGGACCCGUCCCACUCGAGCGGCCGGGGCUCGGCCGAGGCGGCCGAGGACGACGAGAUCCGCAUGAUCAACGAGUUCCCGCGGGUGGCCAGCGUGUCGUCGUCGCUGGCCGCCCGCGGCCCGGACUCGGGCAUCCAGCAGGACGCCGACGGGCUGUCCGACACGUCCUGCGAGCCGCCGGCCGAGCCCUGGUUCAAGGGCCGCGGGGCGGGGGGCAAGGCCGGGCCGGCCCCGCCGCCGCCCCCGGCCCCCGCCGCCGGGCCCGGAGCCUCCCUGGCGGCCCCGGGCCCCGCGGACUACGGCUUCCCCCCCGACGGCAAGCCCUGCGUGGCCGGGGCGCUGACGGCCAUCGUGGCCGGGGACGAGGAGCUGCGCGGCAGCUACAACUGGGACUAUCUGCUGAGCUGGUGCCCGCAGUUCCAGCCGCUGGCCAGCGUCUUCACCGAGAUCGCCCGGCUGAAGGACGAGGCGGCCCGGCCCUGCCCGCCCCCGCGCAUCGACCCGCCCCCGCUCAUCACGGCCGUCGCCCACCCCGGGGCCAAGUCGGUGCCGCCCAAGCCGGCCGCCGCCCCCGGGCCCGCUCCCCGCCGCUCGCCCAUCAGCCACGAGGGCUCCCUGUCGUCCGCCGCCAUGUCCCCCAGCUUCUCGCCGUCGCUGUCGCCGCUGGCCGCCCGCUCGCCCGUCGUGUCCCCCUUCGGCCUCUCCCAGGGCCCGUCCGCCUCCGCCCUCGGCACCGACCGCGGCCCGGAGACCCCCGACGAGGCGGAGCUAAGCAUUUAAGCCCCCUCCCCGCCCGUGCGCGCCUGGGUUGCGCGCCUGGGUUGAGCGCCUGCGUUGCGCGCCGGUGCGUGUCCCGUGUCCGUCCGUCCGUCCGUCCGUCCGUCCCCCGCCCCCCAUCCCUCCCCACCCGCCGACCUGGGAAGCUCCCGGGGCUUCCCCAAAACGGGACCGACCCGCCGAACCCCCUCCGCCUCGCACCCCUCCGGCGCAGGGCGGGGGGCGGGACGCUGAACCGGAC